CAACCACACCAACAACAACACCAACCACAACAACAACAACCACCACAACAAACACAACUCCAACAACCACUCCAACCACCACACCAUCAACAAUCAGUUCAACUGUUUUAACAACAUUAACAACCACCCCAACCACCACAACAACCAGUUCAUCAACUGUUUCGACACCAACAACCACAACUACAGUAAUAUCAACAACUCCAACAACAUGUCCCUGCAGUGUGAACAAAGAACAUCAGUGCACUGGAACAUGGACUGAAGACUGUGCUAUUAAACAAUGUGACAAUGGAAUAACUACAAUUGUAAAACAAUGUGUGACGAAAAAACCUACAUGUGCCAACAAUUUAAAGCCCAUUGAAGUAAUAAAUGAAUGUGGCUGUGCAGACUGGGAAUGUGGAUGUGAAUGUGAAGUAUAUGGUGACCCACAUUAUAAAACCUUCAAUCAGCUGUCCUAUAAUUUUUAUGAGCCUUGUACUUACGUGCUUAUGGAAGAACAGAAUCCAAAAUACAAUUUACGUGUUCUAGUGGACAAUUACUACUGCUUUUCUUUUUUGCCUUUUUCAUGUCCAAAAGGCUUAAUCAUUUUUUAUGGAAAUGUUAAUAUCGUCAUCACAACUCAUAAUGUCAAUAUGUUGACAAUUGAUGGAAUUCAACAAAAGGUUCCCUACAUUACAAAUGGAAUAUGGAUAACUGAACUGCCCGAUGGAGCUGUAAAUAUCUACUUCACUGAUAUUAAAACAACAAUUGUUGCCUCCCGGUUUAAUUUCAAGUUACGUGUGGCCGAACAUUUCUUCUUGAAUAAUACCCAGGGACAGUGUGGAACUUGUACAACAUUUCAGGAUGAUGACUGCAUUAGACCAGAUGGAACAAUAGAGGACACUGAUUGCUGCCCCACAACAGCACGAGAUUGGCUAUAUAAUGACACUAACAAGCCAUAUUGUGUAGCAACUACUCCAGCAUCUUGUUCUACGCCCACUACAGCUCCUCCCCCUCCCAUUCCCGACAAUUGCACGAUAUUAUGCAUGAAAAUAUUAGAAACACCAUUUGAAAACUGCACAAAUAGCUUUCUUAAUACUUAUUAUGAAAAUUGUUUAUUUGACUGUGCUACGACAAAUUCUACAGAACUUACCUGUUCCAUCAUUCAAACUGCUGCUGACAAUUGUGACAAUGACACAUGUGUUGACUGGAGAUCCCCUACUGGUGAAUGCAAAAUGAAUUGUACAGAAAACCUUAUUUAUAAGGCAUGUGCCACUCAACUUGACGAUUACUGUGAGGACAAUUCAGUGAUGACGGGGGAAAAUCUACUUAAUUAUCAUGAAGGCUGUUUCUGCCCAGCUGGAAUGAUGAAAUCUGAAGACAAGACAAAAUGUGUUUCAACAUGUUGCCUGGAUAUUAAUGGAACCCGAAGAGAGAUAAAUGAUAAAUGGCAGGAUCAGAACAAUGCUUGUACUUCUUACAAAUGUACUAAAAAUGGAGUCAUAACACGCACACAGACUUGUGCUGCUCAAGAUGAUUGCAUAGAGUCUGACAGAAAAUGGGAUGAUGAACACUGCUGCUACACUUGUGUCACUCAAGGCUUGUGCAAGCGGAAAAUCAAAAUGACCAAUGUCAUAAAAGAAGUCCAGAAUACAAACUGUACAGCAAACAUUGAACUGUACGUGUGUGAAGGGAAUUGUCCCAGCUCAGUUUACUAUGAUACCCAGACACACAGAACUGAACGUAAAUGUGAGUGCUGUCAAGAAAUGGGGACCGAAGAUAGGAUAGUGAAACUUACUUGCCAAGAUGGUAGAGAAAACGAAGUGUACACCUACCCUCACUUCACAUCCUGUCGCUGUAAGAAGGAGGUCUGCCCUGGGGCUUCUACUGAAAAGCCAUAUACUGAGAUUUUCUUCUAGAUGAUAAAGCAUGAUAUUAAAUCCAAUCUGUUACUAGUUUGGAAAAAGAUAUAAUUCAUUACAUUGAGCCAAUGAUAGGUCAUUUAGAAAGAAUUCUAGUUGGCCGUCACAUAAUUCGGCAUCAUUAUUACUUUGAUCAAUAAACUGCUUACUUGUUUUCAAUUUCAAAAGCAUAUUAAUAAAUAACUGCAAGCAUGUUACAUUUCCAUGGU